AUGCGCUUCUCUACUCUCGCCCUGCUAGCCGCCUCGGCUUUCUACACCCACGGCACCAUCGUAUCUCCACACGUGACCGGAAGGGAUCUCCAGGGCGAACCCAACCAGGAAAACGAAGCCCGUGACGAUGCGAUCUUGCAACGCCACGAUGCGGACGAUACGUCUUCAACCGGCUCGGGCGCCGGUUCCCGCCCAAGAAAUGUACAAGCGCGUCUCGCCAAACGCGGCAAGGAAGACCUCGAACCUUACUCCGGUUGGUGGGGCGAUAAAGAGGCCGACCCAUCCCUCGGGUAUCCGUCUGAGCAGCCAGGGGUAAGAGCCCAGUAG